UCGUUUUACUUGAGCUUAGGUUGUUGGUGGAAAGGUGAGGGUGAGGGACAAUUGUGAACUGCAUUAUGUAACCGAGUGAGGGACCUCCCACCUGUUCCCUUUUUCCUGCGUGAACGCUGAAGACUCGAACAGGAAACGACGACAGGAAAAGUUGCUGUGCAUGAAUCACAGUCUCCCCGACGUAAGAACACGAUGCCUGAUAAAACAUGCCCGGGACUGGCCGAGCACUCUGCCCUGCUACGGUUCACCUCCGCCGUGUUUUACGCCGGCUGCUCUUUGCUCAUUACGGUGGUGAACAAGACCGUGUUGACGAGCUUCAGGUUUCCAUCCUACAUGUGUCUGGGAAUUGGCCAGAUGAUCACCACUAUUGUUGUCCUUUAUGCUGCCAAAAGGUGCAAAAUUGUCCAGUUUCAGGACUUUGACAAAAGUAUUCUUAUAAAGAUGUUCCCCUUGCCUUUGCUAUAUGUUGGAAACCAUAUAACAGGACUGGGCGGCACAAAAAAACUCAGUUUGCCCAUGUUUACAGUAUUACGGAAAUUCACCAUAUUGAUGACAAUGAUCUUGGAAGUAUACAUACUAAGAAAAACCUUCCCAAAUCAGCUAGUGUGCAGUGUUGUGACGAUAGUAUUUGGUGCCAUGGUUGCUGCGAGUUCUGACCUGGCUUUCGAUAUUGAGGGCUACACUUUCAUCCUCCUUAAUGAUGCCUUCACUGCUGCCGGCAAUGUGUACACUAAGAAGAAAGUUGGCAAUGAGGGUCUUGGGAAGUAUGAUGUGAUAUUUUACAAUGCACUGAUCAUCGUCAUCCCCACUAUCUUGGCAAGUGCAUUUACUGGAGAUUUACACAAGGCAGCAGAAUUUGAGAACUGGUCCAAUGUUACAUUCAUUUUUUGUUUCGCCUUGUCCUGCUUCAUGGGGUUUGUAUUGAUGUAUUCCAUAGUCCUGUGCAGCUAUUACAACUCUGCGCUCACCACCACAGUCGUCGGGGCAGUAAAGAAUGUUGCAGUAGCCUAUAUUGGUAUGUUUGUGGGCGGAGACUACCUCUUCUCUUGGACUAACUUCAUAGGCCUCAGCAUUUGUAUGUCCGGAGGACUCUUGUACUCGUAUCUCACCUUUAACACCAAAUCAUCUGGAGAUUACACACAAGGAACACAAGACAUAAAGAUUGACAUAAUCAAAGACUCAACAGGGAGAUACUCCACCAACUGAAUGGACAGUGUUGUAGCAUUCACCACUGAGUGGCAUUGUUCUGCUUCAUAUUGGAGAGCUAAUUUAAAAGGUGUCAUUUGCAGUGGGUACAGAUGUAGUUCAAGGGGUGGAUUGUUUUUUUUUUAAAUGACUUUUAACACUGUGAGAUAGUACAUUCUUGUCAGUUUCUCAGGAAAUAUAUUAUGCACUUAAAAAAAUCAGACAUAUUUAUGAUCAAUGAGUUUGUAGUUUGGUCCAGAUAAUGAAUGUUUUCAUUUAUAGAUUUCAAGAGACAAUGAACGAUUGUGGAGUCUUAGAGGAGGUUUGCCCUCCCGCUGUGAUUGUAGGUCCAGGGUUGGACUGAAUAAAGUGACUAAGUCAGAGUCAAAUCUGA